AGGGGGAGUAGUUUAUGUCUGUGUGUCCCUUUCCAGCGGUGGGACGAGGCUGGGGCCAGGGCGGAGCUACCGUUUUCUCCCUCUGAGUUACAGAGAGGCCAGGAAAGUACUGUAAUUCAAACGCCACGCCUGCGUUGGGGAAGAGGAGGAGUUGUACCUGGAGAUCGGUAGCAGAGCGAGGGUGGAGCCCGUCUUCCUACUUGCCCGAGCCCAUGUUGAGCAGGAAGAAAUCGCUCAGCAGCCCCUCCUGAGGAACCCGACACGCCUGCCUGCGGCGCGAUCCACCAGUGAAGGGGAAGGUGUAUUGUAGGGUCGCGUGCGGCCGGAGCUGGAGUUAGAAGGGCUCGGCGCUGCGGCCGUCGGGGAGGGGCGGUUGCGCGUCCAUGGCUCCCGACCGGCGGAUCGUGCGGCUGCUGCUGCUCACCAAACUCCUACUAGCUCUGGAACUGAUCCUACAAGGAGCAGGUGCUGCUGAAAUUUCCCUUCAUCGCAAUGAAAGCGUAACGGUUAGGAUAAAACCUGAGGUUCUGCAUCUAAAAACAUGUGCACUGCGUACAGGAGGAAAACCGUUUUUCACUGAACAGAAAAUACAUCCUGGACAGUCUUUUAAUUUUGUAUUUGAUUGCCCGACGCCAGAGAAAUAUUGGGUGUUGGUGAUCGAAAAAAACAUCGAUUGCAUGUCAGGGCCAUGCCCCUUUGGAGACCUCCUGCUUCAUCCUUCUGGAUUGCCACACCUUAAUAGGACUUUCGUUUGGGAGGUUAAAGCUGACAGGCUAGUUGGACUUGAACUGAAGUUUUCUACAUGGUUAAGACAAAUUAUGCCUGGAGAGACUUGUGCAGAUCACAUCCUUUACAACAUUGGCAGCCGCCUCAAUACAAACAGAGUCAACAUUGGAAAUUUCUGCAGAAAUGGUUCUGUGUCUCGGGUGAAGGUGCAAGGGGGUCUUAGCUUGACCUUACAACUUCCUUGGGAUUCGAAAGUCAAUUCCUCUGGCUUUAAGCUUGAAAGUAGAUCAUCUAUACAAAGGUUAUGCAUUAUUGAAGCCACAUUUCAAAAUGAAUCAUCAGCGACCCUGAUGUCUGCUAACUACCCACUAGGGAUGCCAGAAGAUGAACUCAUGACAUGGCAGUUUGUCAUUCCGGGGAACUUAAGAGCUGACAUCUUCAUCCGUAACUACUCAAAACCAAAAUGUGAACGGAAAUUUGAGAGGCUAGACUACAGUUUACCUCCAUCAUACUCCAACAAUAAGCUUGAAGGGGUGUCACUUGAUGCGGAGCAACCUUCCAACAUUCCUGGUAGUUUCAACCUUUCUCUGCAGGGCUGUGACCAAGAUGACCGAAAUCCAGGAGCCCUCAGUCUGCUUUUUGAUGUUGUUGUUCAGUACCCAAAAAAUGAAGGAAAUGUAACCCUCAUAAUUGACCUGAAGAAAGAGUCGAGAAUGAAUCUUACCAUUUAUUCAAAGCCCGAGUCCCAUUUGACACAUGAACGGAGAUGCUUGAUCUGUGUUAAUUCGAAUAAAGAUUGCAAACACAAUGUGACCUUAGAACCAAGGUUCAGCUACAAAGUCACCUUUCUGUGCCUGAAUCUCGAGAAUAUAAGGAUAAUUGCUGAGCAUUCUAUAGCCUGUUGGAAUUUUAGAUCCUGCCCCAAAUUCUCCCCUCUGGUUGUGCCCUCUUCUCUGACCCGGCUGCCAAUCCUGCUUGAGAGAUAUACAUGGAAAAUCCAGGCUCCAGAAGAUGUCAGCAUAGAAAUCAAGUCUCCAAACUUGAAACUUAAGCAGCAUAUCCCAGACCAGAAUCAAAUGUGCACGGGAAGUUACAGUUAUGCUGUUAAUAGCACUACCCCGGGAAAGGCCGUAAGUGUUGGUUUAUUCUGUCCUGGAGGAGCCAUCGAAAAAAUUCAGAUGAAGGGCAAUCUCACUGUAACCCUUAAGACCUAUGGGAAAAGGUGGUUCAAUGAAUCUCAGAAACAGGAUCUUCAGUUGUUGUUCAUCCCCAUUAUGCCAGAAGAAUGUAUUUUCAGUCUUACUCCGGACUCCAAAACCAAAGUUUACUUGCAGACACCUAACUGGCUGGAAGGCAUGCCUCCCUUCAUGUCUGUGUAUUGGAACAUCAGCGUCCCAGCAAAACAAGUCGCACAGUUAGCCUUCUUAAGUGAACGGAUGGGUGUGACCUGUGAGAGAGGCCGGGCUUAUAUCAAUAUUAAAGAACAGAAUCCAAAUGCAGAGGAGACGGUGUGUCGGGAUGAUCAGAUCCUGCCAAAGACUCUGGAUAUGCGACACCAUUUCUGGAUAAACAUCACUAACUGUAAGCCCUCUGCCAAGCAGUUACUGAGUAUGCAACUCAUGGUGACUUUUAUUCAGAAAAAAACAGAUCUGGCAAUCAUAAUUGGUGCAGUGGUUGGUGGGAUUGCAGUGUUAAUGGCUAUUGUGCUUGUCAUUUUCUGCACAAAGAGAAAGAACAGGAAAAAGGAAACACCAACUCCAAUGGUGGGAGUAUAUAAUACCAAUGUCAACACCCAGUUACCCGGACGACAGGGUUUAUUCCAAAAAAAUAGGAAGGCCAACGAGUCUCAUAUUUAUGCAGUCAUUGAUGAAGACACGGUUUAUGGACACCUGUUGAACAGCUCUACAAUACCAGAAACUGCUGAGACGGGUGUGUACCGGCCUUUUUCUGGGCCCAUGAGUACUACGCCACCUUCCCCUCCACCAUUCAGGAAAGCAUCCAAAGUGCCUGACACAGAGGAAUCAUCUUUCACGCUGGUGACUGACCCUGAUAACUACACCAUUGGACACCAUCCACCAGGGGAGCUCCAGAGCAAUGGGGAUGUGAAUGGGAGCCAUCAAGAAAAAGUGAACAGCAAACCUUUGCUUGAAAACAGGGAACAGGAAGAUUCAGUGGAAUGACCUUGCUACCAAAUCCAUGAUUUAUCAGGUUCAGAACCCAAGUCUUAACCCUUGACUCUCUGUAUUCCGAAGAAUACUUUUUCUGUGGUCUUUUUAAAACUUGGGAUGUGCUUCUGUUCAGAUUUUACAAUGAACCUUCAGACCAUGAAUUGCUGGGACAUGCGUAACUAUGAAGAUGGAAAAGGGUAGGAAAGCUGCAUUUUCAGUAUUUGAUUAUGAACAGAGCUGGGAUUAUUUUAAAAAUCAAGAGAUGAGAUGGUAAAACAGAAAAGAAGACAGUGACAUUGCCUGUUGAUUCUUCUGCUUGAUGAGACAGAUAUAUGGGCCACGUGGAUUUAAAGGUUUUAGUCGUACUACAGAAUUGUUGUGGGGGAAAUGGCAGAGCAUGAAGAUGGUUUUCCUAAAUGGAGGCUUGUAAAAAGGGCAGGACUUUGAUUAUUCACAUAGUUUUAUUUCAUACUAUGUGUAUAAGGAUGAUACCAGUUACUGGGUUAGAUACAUGCCCAGCUAAGCAGCAAAAAUAAUUGUGCCAUUUAUAGAGAAGAAUUUCCACCUACUCCUCUUUUCAGUCUGUUGUGUGAUAUAUGAAUGACUGAGGAUACGUCAAUUUUAUUUCUUUUCUACAUUUGUACAUGGAAAGAUUGUUGUACAUUUUAAUUAAUUAUCCUCAGUGGUGCUUUUAAAUCGUUGAGGUGAUGCCAAGGAUCUAAGGGAAAGAAAUGUGUUGCUCCAGCAUUAAAUGUUAUGUAAGCAAUAUGUUGACAUAAGGUUUAUUAAUGUAUAGUACAGAAAUAACAGAUGUAAAUGUAAAGGAAAAAAGUAUCAAAACAUACUAAUGGGAACUAAAACUGUCAGUGUUUGGAUGCCACUGGUUAUCAGACAGAUUUGUGCCCUGCAGAUGUAGUUGACGUCCAGGACCUGGCAGCCUCUCCGAGCACGGCCAGAAGGGGAUGGGGGUAGUGGCUUCCUAGUCCUUCUCUAUCACCUCUGUAAAUAUGAGGCUUCCCAAGAGUGUACUAUAAAAACAGAAGACUAUUCUGUGUCUGUGUAGAAAUGAAUAAAUACUUAGCUUCAAAUACAGAAGCACAACAGUAAAGAAAGGAAAGUUCCAUUUGCAAAUGAAAUGCGAAUAUUUCAAUCAUCAGCACUUCGUACAGUUCUUACAGUAUCACAGCCCAAAUUGCUAGAAGUCAGACAUUUUAUUGAGAAGCUUCAUUUGGGGGCAUAGAAACCACAUCACAGAACAUACUCAAUUUAGCCUACCAUGACCACCACACAAACACUUACUACUUUAUUGUGAACAGCAAAAUCAUGAUAUGACUGAGUGUAACUUCACCAAAGAAGGUAAGAAUGGUGUGUUUGAUUACCUUUCAAACAUACUUCCAAUACAGAGUUCUUAGCUAAGUAGUCUGCAACUAAUAUGUGAGAGAACAUCUGUGUUGGGGCUUUGCGAAUCCUCACUGAAAUUACCAUUUCCUCAUAGCACAGAAGUAUCUCACAGUUGCCCAAGGCCCUUUUGCACAAUUUGCAUUUCCUUCGCUUGCUCUUGGGCAAGAGUGAUGUCUUGUGUGGCUUUUAUAAAAAGAGUUUUAACUGGUCAUGGAAAUCCAUGGUUAACAACUGUGAUAAUGCUUAGUAAAUGUGGUUGGACUUUCAGUCUCUCCACCCUUUCAAAGCUGCCCCCCUCCACCUUGCACAAAUGUUUGGUCCACAGACUCAGGCAAAACCACAGGAGAGGCCUCCUUCAGCACUGCAGUGAGCUGACAAAACAAAGGCAGGGCAAUGCUUAAGCAUCUAUGGACGUGCUGACACGUCUGUAUUAAUUUACAGGAUUCAUUUUGUAUUUCUUAUUGAACUUUUGGAUGUGUAUUUUGUUGAAGCCAUUGAUGUAAUUUACAUUGUUGUUGUUGUUUAGUGAUGUCCGACUCUUCAUGACCUGAUGGACCAGAGCACACCAGGCCCUCCUGUCUUCCACUGCCUCCUGGAGUUGGGUCAAACUCCUGUUGGUACCUUCUGUGACACAGUCCAGUCAUCUUGUACUCUGUCAUCCCCUUCUCCUCUUGCCUUCACGCUUUUCUAACAUCAGGGUCUAUUCCAGAGAGAUUU